UCAGGGAAAGAACAGAGACCUUCCCGUGGUCUGCUGUUACAGUCCGUCCUUGUAAAUAAGAAUAUAAAAAAACAUAAGUUAGAAGCAUUUGCAGACAUAAAUGGAGAAGAAAGAAUGGUUUUAAUACUCACGAGAAUUCAUUAGCCUCAGAUGACAAAAUUAACCAAUCAUAGGACUCCAUUCCAUCUGUGUUUACUUUUGGGCUUCCUGUGGCAGACAUAUAAUCCAAGAUGGCGGACAAAAGUGUUUAUGUUGUUGGAGUUGGGAUGACAAAGUUUGAGAAGCCGUUAACCAAGAAUUGGGACUAUCCAGAUAUGGCGCGGGAAGCAGGAACGRCUGCUCUUAAUGAUGCUGGCAUACCAUACAGUCUAGUUGAUGCAGUAGCAGCUAGUUAUUGCUACGGAGAACCAACGUCAGGGCAAAGAGCAGUAUAUGAGCUUGGUCUAACAGGUGUCCCUGUAUUCAAUACAAACAACAACUGCUCAUCAGCAUCAUCGGCAAUUAUGUUAGCAAGACUAAUGGUUCUUAGUGGACAGUACCAGUGUGUUCUAGCUGUCGGUUUUGAGAAGAUGGAACGAGGACUGUCAGAGAAAUUUCAGGACAGGGCAUCUCCCAUCAGAAGACACGUAAGCCACAUGGAGAAAAUGGGUGCAAAACCAGGACUAUUGCAACAAUAUGCAAAGAUAUCCCAUAAGAACCAUAAACAAAGUGUCCACAAUCCAUAUGCUUCCAUAAGAAAGGAAAUCCCAAUGGACAAAAUWRCAAGUAGRAUGGUAUGCGAUCCUAUYUCAUUGGUGAUGUCUUCGCCAACUGCUGAUGGGUCUGCUGCGGCAGUGAUAUGUUCCAAGGCUUUUAUGAUGUCACAUGGACUGCAGGAUAAAGCCGUGGAAAUCAUUGCACAACAAAUGGUCACAGAUAUGCCAUCAUCAUUUGGUAAUACAUACAGAAACUUGUGUGGCUAUGAUAUGGCAAAGAAGGCUGCACAGUUUUGCUAUAAAUCAUGUGGUGAGAUAUGCAGACUCGGUAGACGAUGGGUUGUGAAUCCUUCAGGAGGACUAGAAUCUAAAGGUCAUCCUAUUGGAGCAACAGGUCUGGCUCAAUGUGCUGAACUAGUUUGGCAGCUUCGUGGCGAGGCGGGUAAAAGACAAGUUGACGGAGCACGAAUUGCACUGCAACACAACUUUGGUAUCGGAGGAGCUGCUGUAGUCACAAUGUAUAGGACGUUUAAACCUAGAAGUCCUACGAUUACUGCAAAACUUUGACAAAAGAAAAAAAUUGAAUUAUAUAUAUUUGAAUGCAAAACCGGAGAACCCAGAGCCAAAAAAAAAAAAAAAAAA